GGCGUUCCCUGCGCCCUUGAUUCUGAAGCGCCUCCCGAAGCCAGGCCCUGGGGGUGCCGCCCGGAAGUGAUGGACUCGGUCUCCCUUGGGGAGCGCACAGCCCGGGAUUCGAGACGCUCCGGAUCACUGUCUAGUGUGACGGGGCUGAGGAGGAGCUCGUGUGACAGUCCCCGGCUCUGGGGACGCGCCUACUAAAUCCUGCUUAUCUAUGAAAUGCAGUUAACACACCAGCUGGACCUAUUUCCCGAAUGCAGGGUGACCCUUCUGUUAUUUAAAGAUGUAAAAAAUGCUGGAGACUUGAGAAAAAAGGCCAUGGAAGGUGCUAUUGAUAGUUCAUUGAUAAACCCUACAGUGAUUGUCGAUCCAUUUCAGAUACUUGUGGCAGCAAACAAAGCAGUUCAUCUCUACAAACUAGGAAAAAUGAAGACGAGAACUCUGUCUACUGAAAUUAUUUUCAACCUGUCCCCAAAUAACAAUAUUUCAGAGGCUUUGAAAAAAUUCGGUAUCUCAGCAAAUGACACUUCAGUUCUAAUUGUUUACAUUGAAGAUGGAGAAAAACAAAUAGAUAAAGAAGACCUAAUAGCUAAGGUAGAAGGUCAGCAAGUUUCCCUGAAAAAUCUUCCUGAAAUAACAAAUAUUACAGAAGUCAAAAAGAUAUAUAAACUAUCUUCACAAGAAGAAAGGAUUGGGACAUUAUUGGAUGCUGUCAUUUGUAGAAUGUCAACAAAAGAUGUUUUGUGAAAUGACAGAAGCAUUAAAAAUGUUCAGCAUU